AUGCAUUUCCACGACGAUUCACUGUUCCCCGAAACCCAGGACAAGCUGUCAUCACCGUUGCUCCCUACGGACCGGAGUGGGAGCCGGACGAUUUUGCAGAAGACCUCCCGUUGUCGAUGGACGAGCAUGUCCCAGCAAGCCGUCGACUGCUUCAACGCCGGUGCCACCGUUCUUCACAUCCACGUGCGUGAACUCGACGGCAAGGGCUCGAAGCGACUGUCGAAGUUCAACGAGCUUCUCGGCCGCUUGCGUGAGGCCGUUCCCGAGAUGAUUCUGCAGGUCGGCGGCUCGAUUUCGUUUGCCCCGGAGGGCGAAGGCGCCGAUGCGAAGUGGUUGUCCGACGACGUGACGAUCGCGAUCAACACCAGCCAGAUGAACAUCAUGGAACUGAUGACCGACGACGACAUCGCGGGUACGUCGAUGCAGCGUCCGGAAUUGGCGGACACGUAUCGGGAAAUGACCGUGCCCGCCGGUCCGAGUGGUGGCAGAGCACCUGCGCCGUUGUCCAGUAUCCCGCAGCUCGAAACGGUGGAGCGGUUGAUCCGACGCGGCAUCUACACCGGCCCGGUCAACCUCACAUGGGUGGCAAUCGGCGGCGGCUUCGACGGCCCCAACCCGUACAACAUGAUGAACUCGUCCAGCGUGUUCCCGACGCGUCCUGCCGGUGAACACGAUGGCCAUCGCGAUGGGCUUGCACGCUCGUUGCGGCAACGAGGACACCAUCUGGGGCCGCAAGGGCGAGAAGAUGACGUCAGUGCAGCCAGAUCAGGCAGUUGGUGCGCAUUGCAGGCGAGUGGGGCGCAGGUGGCUAACCGCGAAGGAAGCUCCGGGACAUCUACCGGAUCGGUGAGACGUAUGCCGACACCGACGAGACGUUGGCGAAGCUGGGUUACGCGCCCAACCGCCGGAUCGGCCAGCUGGGAUUCACGCAGCACGCCUGAGUUCGCACCCCUCGUACAACAGUUCGGGGGUACGAACCGCGACGAGUUAUGCUCCCCGAAUCCCCGUCUACACCUGGUACUUCUAGGAGAGGUCAUGGGACUACAAGCUCCCGCCACGCCGCGUGUGGACACCGCGCUCGGAAUCGGCGGACGACGAGGUUGUACCCGUGGAUCGUUUUCGCCCUGGCUUUCGGUCUUCUGCUCUCGGACUACAUGUCGAGGCAGGUGCUCCAGUGCAGUCUUCCCGGAUCCUGAAAGCGGACUGGGUCUCUCCGAUUCGCACCUCGCCUCCCUGAGCAGCGUGGUGGCAUUGAUGGUCGGGCUGUUGACGUUCCCGUUGUCGCUGCUCGCGGACCGCUGGGGCCGCGUCAAGAGCUUGAUCUUGAUGGCGGUGUUGUGGAGUGUCGCGACGUUGCUGUGCGCAAUCGCUCAGACCUACGAACAGAUGUUGGGCGCCCGAUUCUUGGUAGGUGUCGGUGAAGCGGCGUACGGCAGCGUGGGUAUCGCCGUGGUCCCUAAGUGUGUUUGCGCCCCGCGUGCACUCAGCUCUUGCCGGUACCUUCAUGGCGGCGGUGGAUCGUUCGGUUCGGUCGUCGGUGUGGCAAUCGGUGGGUUCAUCGCAGUCCAGUUCAGUUGGCGGUGGUCUUUUGCCGCACCAUGGCGAUCUUCAGAUCUGAUUCUGGUUGCGCUGUUCCGUACACCUCGUCACCGUGACACAGCUCACCUUGCGCCGUCAGGCCGCGCCGGAUGCCGCCGGGGAAGCGUUGAGACGCACGACGGUUUUCGUGCGCCGGGUGUCCUCGCUGUUCACCAAUCCCCGCCGUGUUGUUCGCCUACAUCGGUUGUGGUCUCAGUGUUCACCGCCGCUGUACUUCUGGCGUGGUUGCCC